AUGUGUGCUUCAAGAGCACUCUCCAUCCUCCUUAUAUUGGAGAUAUUUAACAAAGCCAUAACUCAGCAGUGCCUCAGUGGUGGGAAACAAGAAUCCAUCUUUGGCUGGAUGUUAAGAGGACACAUUUAUAAAAGUAUGACCCUAAACCAUGGGCAUGAAUGUCUAAAAGUUUGUCGUCAAGACAACAGAUGCCAAAGUUUCAACUGGGUGAUCUCUACCAACAUGUGUGAAUUCAGUGACAGAACUAAAGAAGCCAGGCCCGUGGAUUUCGUCCCUGACCCAGACAGAUAUUAUUACAGACGAGGCAUGAAUCGAGGUAAUUAGUCGGGGCUUGCCUGCAAGUAAGCUCACCUGUUUGAGUUCGGGGUAAAUCACUUGUGCGCUCAUCCUGGCCGGUAAUUUUCACCUUCCUCCGCACUGCACAAGUAAACCUGCUCUUAUACUUAGUUUUUAUCAUUUUUAAGUUUUUGUGUCGCGAAUUUUCAUCCUGGGGGUGACUUAAAAUUAGGUUCUUGUGUGAUUAUGUACAGCAUUCAGCCUUUCAAAUUUAGAUACUUUGACAUCUGUUUUAGGCUUGCUAUGCCAGAAAGAUUCUAACGGGACGGGGGGGGAGUGGGGUUACUAAGAUGAGGUUUAUGUGGGUAUGUGUCCAUAAGUCCUCCAAUUUAAAAGAAGGGCCGACACAUGCAUGCAUUGACUAGUUUAUAUUCAUCGAUCCAAUGCCCAAUACCCUAACCCUACACUGUUAGUUGUUUGAAGCUAAAAGUUAUUGUUAUCAUCAUCGUCAUCGACUUCUUCGUCGUCAUUAUCAUUGUCAUUUUAGUUCUGCACAUCACCUGAAGUUAUCUAUAGAGUGUUUUUACAUGACGUCACGGCGGCCAUAUUGGUGUCCCAAAACAAUGAAACGGCGGCCAUGUUGGUGUCCCAAACAAAUCCUGUGGGAGUUGAACUUUUUUCUCAUACAAACGCUUUCUUUUGUUCCAAUAAAUCUGCAUAGAUGCUGGCCAUGUGAGUGAAAACAAUCCAUUUACUUGAAUUUUCACUUAUCAGUUCUAGUUCCGCACAUCAACUGAAAUUACUGAGUAUUUACUUAUUUAUGAAUAUUGUGUUCGUUUUUGGCAGUUCCUCUAGGUUCUAUCCCUGAGCUACCAGCUCAAACGUGUGAAGAGAUUAAGGCGAGUGAAGAAAAAGCGGUUAGCGACGAAUACUGGCUUCAAACCGUUGAAUCUAGACCACCUGAACUCACCCACUGCAACAUGUCAACGUAUGGUAGGUGUUUGGCACACUCUUUCGUUUUUGCACAUUUUUUUUUUCUUCCUUUCAUUACUGAUUUCUUUCUUUGUAAUCUUCUAUUUGUUAAGGCAGGCAGUUUCAGGCAGGCAGUUUCCCAUCAAUAUAUUUGACUUGAUAUAGGUGCAAAUAACCACCUAUCAUUGUCCGGAUUGGCCAUCUACGAUUCAUUCUCUCGAAUCUUAGGAUCCAAAGUGUUUGUUUCGAGUCAUCUGGUUUCGAGUCAAAAGAAAUUUUUCGAGGAGCUAUAUAUACACAAAGAGUUGUUAUAAGACAAGCACAAAGUUCGAAGGUUGGAUCAGGAACAUACCUUAUUUUCAGAUACCCACGGGCAACAAUUCGAAGAAACAGCGCGUGACUGCCCCCAGGCUCCUGGCCUGAGGCAGACUGCAAAACAGUCGUUUUAUCAUUAUUAUUAUUUUUUUCCUUCUCAAAAUCGAUUUGGUGUGGCGUAAGAGUAGCGUAAGAGCCUCAAGUGCGCCUCACACGUCCCCGGAGCGUAUUUUUAGCGUCACUUCCCGGCUCCAGACCUUUUGUUUGACUGUUCGCGCGUACUUGAAUACGCAAAAAUACGGACUGUUUUGCAGUCUAGGCCUGGGGAAGCAGGCGACAUUUCGCGAUGCUAACAUUAACAUGAUCCUCACGAACGACGGCUGAGGAGCAAGCACAAAAAUUCCAUACUCGUGACGUAUCACUAUAGACUAUCCAGAUCUGGCAGUGAAUUUGAUUGGUCGCGCCGCGCGGGAAAUUUGUUUCAACGAAUCGGACGCGCUACCCAGAUCUGGAAAGUGACGUAUCGUCAAUACAGUAAAAACCCGCAUACAAGAACAAAUGGAUUAAGAAUACCCAGGCUGAAAUUUGGUAAAAUAGGAGCAUAUAUAUAAGAACACAUUCAGCCUGAAAAUUGAAAAUUGUUCUUAUAAAUAAAAAUUCUUCCCUUUUCAGUUUAAUAGAACAGUGUCUGUAGCUUUACUGUGGUAUUGCACUAAGAUCUCUGUAUAAAUGCUAGUAAUUUCACUUGCUGUGUAUAGCAAAUGUACAACAACUUACAUUUUUUUUAGAAGUAAAAAAUUAAGAACACUUAAGAACACUUUCAGGCUGAUUUCACCUAAAAUACCCGAUAUAUAAGAACCCAAUCAGCCUGAACCCCGAAAAUGGGUGAUCUUGUAUGCGGGUUUUUACUGUAUGCCGAAAUUUCUGCGCUUGUUCCUCAGACUUCAUUCGCAGGGAAACCAGUGGACAGUGGGGUCGCGAAAUGUCGACUGCUUUCUCAGGCUACUGAUUUCCGAGAAUGAAUAUGUCUGUCAGAUGAUGGUUUCAAUAAUAAUAAUAAAACAAACAAACAAACAAGAAACAUAAAUAAAAAAUAAUUAAAGUUAUAGGUACGUGAUGAUCAAAUCAAUUCGGGUUCAUGACAUUAAGAUAAUAACAGGAUAGCGGAAAUUAUGGGUUUUAUAUUUGUCCUGAGCUAAUCUUAGUCCGAUUAUGGUUACACAUUCUAUUAAACUAAAUAAACAUUAGUGUCCCCAGAACUUCCUUCAUGCGAGGCAAUAAAAAGAAGCGAUCCCAAAGCGAGUGACGGAAGCUACACGAUAUUUUCAUCGUCCUCCGCUAUUCCGGUAAGGUCUUAAAAGCGUCAUAUGUCAAUCUGGUAUCCGUCAUCCCAUUGUACUCAAAACAUGUACAAAACAACAACAACGUUUAAUGUAACCUCUUGAAUUGAUUCAGCAUGAACACGGAACAAGGACAGCGGUCGUCCCAUGUAAGGUAAUCCAGAUUCCGGAAUCUAAGAAAUUUUCGCUUGUAAAAUCAGGAAUCCUGGGCUUAGGAAUCUGAAAUUCAGCUCAAAGAAAUCCGGUUUCCCGCUAAUGUUUAGAAUCUGGAAUCCAAGUACCACUGAUAAAUAGUCCGGAAUCCAGUACCUGGAAUUUAAUCCACGGCGUGCACUCCGGCGUGCACUCUACAAAGCAAGACUCUCUUGGAUUACCUUACAUGGCGUGACAGAAGGCUCGAACGUACGCCUCCGCCUUAACGAUCGGCAAUUAAGAGAGGAAUUAAGGGCUUUGAAAAAAGAAUUAUAAUACCAGAUAUCACAGAGGCUGACAGCUGUUUCUCUUGUCACCAACUUUAAAUCAGCAUUGUUUUCAAAAAUUAUUGAGAACAACACCCAUACUAAGCCUAUACAUAACGUUAACAUAACGUUAGCGGGGUUCCUUUUUUCUUGAAAACUGUGCCGAAGCUCCCCUCUUCAUCGAUGCGCAUGAUUUAGAUGACAAAAUAUAAUGACACUAAAAGGCGAAAUAACAGUAAUUUGUAGGACUUAUCUCGCGUUGUGCAAGUAUCGUUUUUUUUUUUGUAGGUUUAUUGCGAUAUGACUUCUUAUCACGGAUGGACUCUGAUCGCUCGGUUCUCAAAUAAUGAUGCCUUAAAUUGGAUGAAAGACAGUGCACUAUGGUGGUAUGACAAGGAUGUUGCUUCUGGGGAAACAACUGAUCCAUCAAACAAUGCUGACAUGAUUUCUUCAGCGUUCUGGCUUGUCGGCGGAACUGAGUUUAAGAUCACGCGCAGUGAUGACCCUCAGCACACUGCCCUUCUGAAAACCAUAGGUCUCUGCCUAAGUGGAGAGACGUUUAGGUCGAAAAUCACAAACUAUGGUGACUUCAGAAACGGCAAGGUUUGGUCCAAACAUAAAUGUUUGGGACGAUGUUGUGUCCAUUAUGGGGGCCAGUACCAAACAACCGAAGGCUUUAAAGAAGCUGCUUGCAACGGGGAAAUGCAAAAUGCCAGUUCGAUUGGCUUUUGGUGUCACUGGGGUGCUGGAGACGGAUCGGUGAUGAUGAUUGGUGGAGGAGGCUCCAGCUGUAACAGAGCUGAUCACGGGAUUGGAAUAACUGAAGCUAAUUCUCCUUCACUGGCGACUGUGAACUUAGUCGAAAAAGAUUUUGGCAGUGAGGCUCAGUCUCACAAUUCAAUUAAGACAUAUUCUUUGAACUUGUGGGUAAAUUAA